CUUCCGUACUGACGCAAGUGCGCGGCCUCCUCCCGCACUGCGGGCUCGCCCUUGGCCCACCCUAGCCAGUUUCUUGGAGCAUGCGCAACUGCCUUUCCGGUCUUUCCUGUCUUGGGCGCACGUCAAGAUGGCGGCCUCCGUAUUGCGUUCAUUGCUGAGGCGCGUUCCUAGCUUUUCACUCUUCAGAGGUGCCUACGGAGUUCAGGUUCCCCUCCAGACUCUUUGCACCAAAGGCCCCCCUGAGGAAGAUUCUUUGUCCCCAGUUCCCAUAACCCCUUAUAAGAAUGAACCCUGGAAAUAUCUGGACUCAGAAGAAUACCAGAACCGCUAUGGCUCUCGCCCCGUCUGGGCUGACUACCGUAGAAACCACAAAGGUGGAAUACCCCCACAGCGAACUCGAAAGACAUGUAUUCGUAGAGAUAAAGUUGCUGGGAAUCCCUGCCCCAUCUGCCGGGAUCACAAGCUGCAUGUUGACUUUAGGAACGUGAAGCUCUUAGAACAGUUUGUCUGCGCCCACACAGGUAUCAUCUUCCAUGCUCCAUAUACAGGGGUCUGUAUGAAGCAACAUAAGAAGUUGACCCAGGCCAUCCAGAAAGCCAGAGAUCAUGGUCUCCUCAGUUACCACAUUCCUCAGGUUGAACCUCGGGACCUUGACUUCAGUACCUCUCAUGGAGCUGUGAGUGCUACUCCACCAGCCCCCACCCUGGUUGCAGGUGACCCCUGGUAUCCAUGGUAUGGCUGGAAACAGCCACCAGAGAGAGAGCUGUCCCGCCUUCGACGACUCUAUCAGGGACAUCUCCGAGAAGAGAGUGGUCCCCCACCUGAGUCAAUGCCUGAGGUGCUGCCCACAACCCCAGCUGAAGCCUCCUCCACUGAACUGGAGAAGCCCCAGAGUGCUCUGUAGGAGCUGUAGACUGGGAAGGAAUUAACAGAUAGUGCCUAGUGGGAUAGUGCCUAGGAAUUACAUGAUGGGAUUUCACUCUGAAGAGUUGUGUCUGUAUGUGGCCAAUGGCAGGCCCAGGGCGAGAGAGAAGUAAUGAUUGCUUUUGAAGGGAAUAAAUGCUUCUGAGGCUUAGGGGAGGGCAGGACAGAUGUGUAUGGGAAACCCCAAACCCUAUAUGUUGUGAAUAGUAGACAGGCUAUAAACAUUCUGUACUUGCUUCAGGUUUCUGCUAACUUGGCUUUUCCACAAUAAAGCUGUAUCUCCUGUU